GCGAAAACUGAAAAACUCGCAGUGAUAAUGAAAACUCGUUAUCGAUUACCCUAUUUAUAGAUGUCGAACUAAAAUCGCCGCUGCACUCGAUUUAGAUGCACUUUCAUGGUGCAUUUCGAAUAAUCUUGUCGAAAAAAUAUCGUUGGCAAUGAACUAAAAAUUCGUUUUUAGUGCCCGGCGUAAUCAAAAGUGAAAAUUCAAGAUGGCGGACGAGCGUGUUUCCAUUAAAAAGCGCGGACGUCGUACGCCUUGGUAACAACAAAAGUGAAUGUUUUUUUGCUAUCAAUCAGGUCUUAAAUGCCUUGAAAACGAGUUGAAAUCCUCUAAAAGGGAUAACAUGAGAGAGGAUAUGAUGGAAGACGCUGCAGUCUCUUCUGCCAGCGAAUUCGACUUGGCGAAUAUUCGCGAAGAAGAAUUCGAGCUUCACACCACCUACAUAGUACCGGAUUUGCCUGUGGAACCCGGAACGCCUAACAGGGCGGAAGCCACACUUCCAAGGAACCUCGUCUUGAAGUCUUCCCAAGUAGUUGCAAAUGCACAAGGCGUUUGGAGUACAGGUUAUAUUCCAAGAGGCACAAGAUUCGGGCCUCUCGUCGGUGAAAUAUAUGCCAAAGAUGCUGUACCUAGUUCCACCAAUAGAAAUUACCUUUGGAGGGUGCAAGUAGGGGAGGGCUUCUAUAGAAAUAGCGGCCAUGAAAAUAAGCUCUACAAGGAUAAUGAACUGUACUACUAUAUUGACGGCUACGACACGUCCAAAGCCAAUUGGAUGAGAUACGUAAACCCUGCCUAUUCAGGAGAAUCCCAGAAUCUCAUUGCUUGUCAGUAUAAGAUGAACAUAUACUUCUACACUAUAAAACCGAUACUACCCAAUCAGGAACUGUUGGUUUGGUAUUGUAAGGAGUUUGCCGAGAGACUGAACUACCCUUUGACUGGCGAGCAGAUGCUGCGGAGAUUAAGACAACAAGCGCAACAAGCUUCCGAGGUCAUAACAGUAACCACCAGCGAUGCUCCUCCUGCCAAGGAGCCUCCUUAUGAACACCAGUUGACGCCGACGGAGGGAAGCGUUCGAUCGGACGAAGGCUACCACAGCAACGAGUACCACGACGACGUUUUCACGCCGCCGGAGGAUUCCAGCGAUUCGGACAGCGAGAACAACUACGUGCUAGAUUUCAGCAAGAAAACGCCGAAAGAGACGACCGUCAUAAAGCCCGUCUCGCCGGAGAACCAGAAGAACGAAUACAGGAAGGUAAAAAUCAAGAUCACGAAGGCCUAUCACUACAAAUCGGCGAAGAGCGAGAGUGAACCGGACGUCGAAAAGGACCCUUCGACCAUAGACGCUGCAGUACCUGAAGUAACGACACUAACCCCGAGAAUUAUCACCCCUCCGACGACGGUAAUUGUGAUGGAUUCGCCGCCCCAAGAAGUUCCUAGUAAACCGUUCUACGAGACCGAGGUGAAGACAACAAACGUGAUUUCCAGAUACAGUCCUCCAUCGUCGAGCAUUUUGGAGAACAUCCUGCUGAGAAAUAGGAUCGACACUAACAAUAACAAUGACAGCACUCAAAGACAAAGUAACGCCACUCCUCCACCUAGUUCGCCCACGGAGAUGGCGUAUUCGUACAAAAAGAGUCAUAGGUAUUCUACUCUGCCUUGCAGUCCAGAUUCCAGCUCGAACAUCCAAGCGCCCAACAUUCUACCAGCUAGUCCAGCUCACUUGAAAGCUACAAGUCCAGUACAAAGUAACGUGUACGUUACGCAUACAAAUGAAUCUUAUCACAACGGCAACUUGCAGUCGUCUAACUAUUACACAGUGUAUCCAUCGAACGGUAUCGUUCACAGCACCAUGCCCUCGUCUCCGACACACACCUACUCUCCGCCGAUAACUACGAAUUUUAGCAAUAAUCAUCACUCCAAUGGUACAAAUCUGAUAGUUCCGACCAGCCAUAUUGUAUCGCAUCACUUGCUUACCCCGCUGCCCGCCCUGCAGGUCAACGGCAGGGCGUCGUCGCCGGGCCAGGGCGCCGACUACGACUCGAACCUGUGCUCGAGCAACCCGACGAGCCCCAACGGCGGCCCUUCCAGAGGCUACAGGAGCCUGCCCUACCCGCUGAAGAAGAAGGACGGCAAGAUGCACUACGAGUGCAACGUGUGCUGCAAAACCUUCGGCCAGCUCUCCAACCUGAAGGUGCACCUCCGAACGCACAGCGGCGAGCGCCCCUUCAAGUGCAACGUCUGCACCAAGUCCUUCACGCAGCUGGCCCAUCUGCAGAAACACCACUUGGUGCACACCGGCGAGCGCCCGCACGAGUGCGGCAUCUGCAAGAAGCGCUUCUCCAGCACGUCCAACCUGAAGACGCACCUGCGGCUGCACAGCGGCCAGAAGCCCUACGCCUGCGACUUCUGUCCGGCCAAGUUCACGCAAUUCGUGCACCUGAAGCUCCACAAGCGGCUGCACACCAACGAGCGGCCCUACAUAUGCCAGGAGUGUGGGAAGAACUACAUCAGCGCUUCGGGAUUGAGGACCCACUGGAAGACCACCAGCUGCCGGCCGAAUAACAUCGACGAGGAACUCAACGGGGACGCUUCCCCUAAUGGAUACUACGAUUUUAUCGGUUCCGACACCAAUAUGGGUCCUUCGGAGUUAAAGGAUACCGGGGAGGAUCCGAAGGAGGCGUUCGAGAUCCACACGUCGCAGCCGCAAGUGGCCCAUCCAGUGUUGCAUCCGGGCUUGUCGAGGCCGCUGCCGUCGAUGAUGCAGAACGGCGGGCACCAGCACCAGCACCAGCGGGUGCCGCAGAACUCGAUGCACGCGGGCAAGGAGACGAGGCCGAGCGUGAUCGAGUCGUCGCAGCCUCACAUUAUUGAGUGUACCUAGAUGUAUUUAUUCCUGCUCAUCGUAGUCGUAGUUUCUGUUAAGUUUUUUAAUAUUUAUUUAUUCUUGUAUUAUUUGUAAUGCUGUGUUCCAAAAGAUUCGUAUUUUUUUUGUAUGUUACUGCAGACUCGGUGUCUCGUAAUGGAAACGGGGACGGUCUGAACUGGGUUGGCUUGCUCGAGGAAAUUUUGGGGGUCUUAGUGGGAAAUUUUUUUAUCUUGUAAAUUCGAUGAUUUUAAAAAUUUGGUUUUAAUUAUUUUUAGCUACUAUUUUUAGAAAUUACAUUUUUUUUGUUUCUUAUACUUACUUAGGAAAGGGUCAGUAAUCGUUCGAUUGAAGAUCAUCCGGUUUCCCCCGACUCGAUUUUGCAGAAACAUUAAAAUUUUUACUAUUUGGAGCGUAGUAUAGUACUGACGAAAAGAAAAUUCUUUGUAUGUAAUGAUUUUUCUCUCAAGAUACUCAUUAUUACUGUUGAGAUAAUUUAUUUAGUAUUUAUUGAUAGUUGUUAAUUCGAAGUAUUUUAUGGAAUUUACCCGAAUUUUGAAUUUAGACUGAUAAUGAAAAAAGCAAUAUUGCAAUAUUGUAGUCGUGAAUUGCACUACAAAUUCGAUUAAGGAUUUAGAAAUUUGGGUGUGAGAUUUUUUUCUAUAUGUUAGGAUGGUCAACAAUUUUUAACCAAUAUUCAUUCUAAACUAUUUACAUUUUCUAUAUUAUAUUUUUUGCUAUGUUUACCUCUGUUAUCCUGUUAAGAGGAUCAACUCUAAAAUGAUUUUAAAAUUUAAUCCUAUUACAAUUUUUUAUUGCAAUUUAAAAGGGUGUUUUAAUUAAAAUUCCCGUUAAAUAUACAUUUUAUAAAUUAAUCUAUACAUUUUAUUUUAUGAAAUUGAACAAAUCGAU